CAUCUUCUAGCCCACUACUCCUUUCGAACCGUUAACUCUCCCUUACUUCUCCAUCCCCUGUUUUCGCAAAGAUGGGCUAUCUUGUGCAAGGAUCUCACCAACCGUCCUUGAGCAUUUCUGGCGACUUGUUGAUUGAACACAUCUCUAUUAGGGAUGAGUUCGGAGCCUCAAUAGUUGUUCAUAUAGGUGGCAAGAAUGUAGCCGACAUCUGGGGCGGUCAUUCCAAUGAGAGUGGGUCCCAUUGUUGGGUGAAAGAGACUUUCGUAAACGUUUUCACCAUCACCAAGACUAUUACUGGCCUUGCAGCACUCAUACUCAUUGAUAGGGGCAUUAUAAGCCCAAACGAAAAAAUUGCCACCUAUUGGCCAGAGUUUUCUGUGUAUGGGAAGCAAGACGUGAGGAUUAGGGACAUCAUCUCCCAUACGGCUGGUGUUCCAAGAUGGGAGAAGCCAGUCACGUUAGCUGAUAUUUGCGACUUUGAUCAGGCAGUUACUCUGCUAGAGGCCCAGGCGCCUUGGUGGACUUCGGGAACUGCAUCUGACUACCAUCCUUUCACCCGUGGGUUUUUGAUAGGCCAAGUCAUCCGCAAAGUCACAGGAAAGAAACUCAAAGAUUUCAUUGCAGAGGAUAUGGCUGGUCUUCUGGGUGCUGAUUUUUUAGCUCGGGAUUAGAGAUUUUGGCCUGCAAUUUGUUAAUGACCUUAUUCCGUU